UUUGGGCCUCUCGCAUAUUUCUCUACCACUGCAUCUUCCCAUCAGGGGGGUCAGGCCUUGGAGAGUCGGUCUUGGAAGGUAACAACUUAAUAUUAAUCAUUUAACCAGUUGUCCCAGAAAUGGGCAAUGACAGGUCAUGGGAGGGGUCAACCAUGGUUAGCUACGCAAAUUGACUUGACUCCAUGCUCGGCCUGUUUCUGCCUAUUUCUUUACAUUUUUACAUUACUUACAGACUACAUACCACCCAAGACGGGACCUGCCCUCUGCAGAUGUAAUGAUUUGCUUGCCGGCGCUACAGAGGACGCUGCACAAAGAAGUCACUUAACUGUCAGUUGAAUGGUUGGCUCCUUUCAGGGAUGUGCUUGUUUCUCGAGGCAGAUAGAUUGGGGUCCCCUCUCGCA